AUGGAUAAAAGAGAUACGCUGGUAUACGGCAUGCCACCCGAUCCGAUGAUCACCUAUACCCAUCGCAUCUAUGGACUGGGCUUUCUUUUCGCUGUGAUUGGCCUUGCCCAAUGGAUCAUAAUUGCAGCGUUAGACUAUCAUGUUGAUUCGCUAUCCAGAAGUCGAUACGGCUGGUGGCUGGUGUGCACCUUCUUUGCCAUAGCCACUCUGGCAUGGACCGAUUUUGGAAGAAAGUAUCCCAUUAAUAUUGCCAUUAUAUUUGGCAUUGUGGAGAGCUGUACAUGGUACAUAGCCCUGGAGCAGUCAUUCAAUCAGAAUCAUCUGGCCGAUUUUUAUGUUUUAGUCAUCGUUGUCGCCGUUGUGCUGUGCUCCAUCUUUUGGGGAGCCUACUUUCCCAUGUAUAUUGUUCCCGGCGACCUGGUGCUCAGCGUCUUUGUGGCCUGCGCCAACAUAAUGUUGAUCGUGUUCUUUUUCAAUGCCUAUGUCACUGGAGCCGAUGGCGUUGAGGUAGCCGUUCGGAAUUACUUUGCCAUGUUUGCCAUUUCAAUGAUUAUAUACACGGCCACCAUAGUACACGAUCGCCAGUUCAAUGUCCCGAAGCACGAGUAUCUCUUUCUUAGUGUCAUCAUCUUUUUCUGUUAUAUGAUAUUGCACGAGCGUGUUCUGGCCCUGUCGUUUCAGUAUUCCAACCAUCCUGAGUGUACCUUAUUAUAAGAAAACUUUAAAGU